AGACCGCGGUGUCGGGCCGGGGGCGGGGUCAAGGGUCAGGCCGGAUCCAAGAUGGCGGCGGCGCUGGGGCGGUGGCCGCUCUGGCUGUCCCUGUCCCUCCUCGGGGCCUCGCUCGCCGUCGACCGCGGCAACUUCAAGACCUGCGAGCAGAGCGGCUUCUGCAGGCGGCAGCGGCGGAUCCAGCCCGGGAACUCCCCGUACCGGGCGCUGCUGGAGUCGCUGGAGCUCGGCCCCGACGUGGCCAGGAUCCAGCUGGUCAACGAGGCCACCCAGGUGCCGCUGCUGCUGGAGGUGUGGGGGCUCACCGGGAACGUGACGCGCCUGCGCAUCCAGGAGCUGGCCCCGCUGCGACCCCGCUACCAGGUGCCCGACGUGCUGCUGGGGGAGCCACCUGCAGAGAGGCUGGAGGUGACAGGCCGUGACGAGGGCACCCUGGAGCUGUCCCUGGGCCCUGGUGGUCACCGGCUGCUGGUGACGGAGCGGCCGUUCCGCCUGGACCUGCUGCGGCACCGGGAGCUGCUCUGCAGCGUCAACGCCCGCGGCCUCCUCGUCUUCGAGCACCAGCGGCGCCGCCGGGACUCUCUGGCGGAUAAAGUUAGUUCUGUGUGGGAUAAGAUCAAGAGCCUUUUCCGUAGGGACCCCCCCAAAGACCCCCCAGGAGAGGAGGGGGCAGCACAGGAGGGGCCUGAGGACGGCGCUGGCAGCACCCAGAGCGAGAAGCCCGCGGAGCCCCCGGCAGAGCCCGAGGAGGAGCCGGGCGCGUGGGAGGAGACGUUCAAGACGCACACGGACAGCAAACCCUACGGACCCACCUCGGUGGGGUUGGAUUUCUCCCUGCCUGGAUUCGAGCACGUGUACGGCAUCCCCGAGCACGCCGACAACCUGCGGCUGCGGCCCACCGAGGGGGGUGACCCGUACCGCCUGUACAACCUGGACGUGUUCCAGUACGAGGUGUUCACGCCCAUGGCUCUCUACGGCUCCGUGCCACUGCUGCUCGCCCACCGGCCCCGCCUCAGCCUCGGCCUCUUCUGGCUCAACGCCGCCGAGACCUGGGUGGACAUCGGCUCCAACACGGCCGGCAAGACCCUUUUUGGGAAGCUGCUGGAUUACAUGCAGGGGGGGGGCGAGACCCCCCAGACCGAGGUGCGCUGGAUGUCCGAGAGCGGCGUCAUCGACGUCUUCCUGCUGCUGGGGCCACGGCCCGCCGAUGUCACCGCCCAGUACGGCAGGCUGACCGGCACGCAGGCCCUGCCCCCCCUGUUCUCCCUGGGCUACCACCAGAGCCGCUGGAAUUACCAGGACGAGGCGGACGUGGAGGCCGUGGAGAGGGGCUUCGAGGAGCACGAGCUGCCCCUGGACGUGCUCUGGCUGGACAUCGAGCACGCCGACGGCAAGCGCUACUUCACCUGGGACCCCGCCAAAUUCCCAAACCCCCGCGGGAUGCUGGAGCGCCUGGCGGCCCGGAAACGCAGGAUGGUCAGCAUCGUGGACCCCCACAUCAAGGUGGACGGGGGGUACCGGGUGCACGCCGAGCUGCGGGCGCGAGGCCUCUACGUCAAAACCAAGGAUGGCAACGACUACGAGGGCUGGUGCUGGCCCGGCUCCUCAGCGUACCCCGACUUCACGAACCCCGAGAUGCGCGAGUGGUGGGCGAACAUGUUUGCCUACGACCAGUAUGAGGGCUCCACGGAGGCGCUGUUCACAUGGAAUGACAUGAACGAGCCGUCGGUGUUCAGCGGCCCCGAGGUGACGAUGCACAAGGACGCGCGGCACUUCGGGGGCUGGGAGCACCGCGAGCUGCACAACCUCUACGGGCUCUACGUGCACAAGGCCACGGCCGAGGGGCUGAUCCGGCGCUCGGGGGGGCGGCUCCGGCCCUUCGUGCUCAGCCGCGCCUUCUUUGCCGGCUCCCAGCGCUACGGUGCGGUUUGGACCGGGGACAACACGGCGGAUUGGGAGCACUUGCGGAUCUCCAUCCCCAUGUGCCUGAGCUUCGGGCUGGCCGGGCUGGCCUUCUGCGGGGCGGACGUGGGCGGAUUUUUCCAGAACCCGGGCCCGGAGCUGCAGGUGCGCUGGUACCAGGCCGGGGCCUUCCAGCCCUUCUUCCGUGCCCACGCCCACCUGGACACGGCGCGGCGCGAGCCCUGGCUGCUGAGCCCCGAGCACCUGGCGCUGGUCAGGAGCGCGCUGCGGCGCCGCUACGCCCUGCUGCCCCUGUGGUACACGGCCUUCUACCACUGCCACCGCCAGGGCAUCCCUGUCAUGAGGCCCCUGUGGAUGGAAUUCCCCGAUGACCCCCAGACCUUCGCCAUGGAUGACCAAUACCUGAUCGACCGGGUGCUCCUGGUGCACCCCGUGACAGAGCUGGGCGCCCGUGGGGUCAACGUGUACCUGCCUGGGGAAGGAGAGGUCUGGUACAAUGACGAGACCCACGAGCAGCACCGGGCGCCCCAGACCCUCUACGUGCCUGUCACCCUCAGCAGCAUCCCGGUGUUCCAGCGGGGGGGGACGGUGAUCCCACGCCAGGACCGACCUCGCCGCUCCACCGAGGCCAUGAGGGGCGACCCCUUCACCCUCUACGUGGCCCUGAGCCCCCAGGGCACAGCACAGGGGGAUCUGUUCCUGGAUGAUGGGGUCAGCUUCGACUACGCCACCAAAAACGCGUUCCUGCACCGGCACUUCAGCUUCGCCAACGGCACCCUCACCUCCAGCUCUGCUGACCCCCGCGGGUCCAUGUCCAGCCCGGCCUGGCUGGAGCGAGUGGUCAUCCUGGGGGGUGGCCGGCCGGAGAGCGCCCUGCUGACCACCCACGAGGGUGCCCAGACCCCGCUGCAGUUCCAGCACGACCCCGAGCGCUCGGUGCUGACCCUGCGGCGCCCGGGGGUCCCCAUCGGGGCCGACUGGAGCAUCUCCCUGCGAUAAUGGACGGGGGGGGCCCCCGGACCCCCCCCCAAAAAUCCCCCUGAACCCCCCUGGGCCCCCCCAGAACCCCCAAAAAUCCUCAAAUCCCCCCCCCCCCCCCAAAAAAAAAAACCCCACUGCUGUUUGAGGAGCCCAGAAUUGGGGGUGGGGGUUGGGGUUGGAGUGCCCCAGGAUGAGGGGGGAGCCCCCCUCCAAAUGAGGAUUGAGCCCCCUCCCCAAAUUAGGGGUUGAGACCCCCCCAAAAUGAGAGGUCAUCCCCCCAAAAUGAGGAUCGAGCCCCCUCCAAAUGAGGGGUCAGACCCACCCAAAAUCAGGGGUUGAGCUUCCCCCCCCCCCCCCCCAAUUUUACCCCAAAUUUGGGGCAGUUUGGGGUCUCUGAGUCCCCGAAUUUGAGGUUGGGGGGAUGACUCUACCCCCACCCCCCCCCCCCCAAAUUAGGGGGGGUUGGGAGGGGUCUGAAACCCCCUAAAUUGGGGUUCCCCCCCCAAAUUUGGGUGGGGGUCGCAUCGAGGGGGGGGGUAGGGACCAAGGCUCUGCGUGCGCCCCCCCCCGCGCCCCCUCCCCCUUUUUUCUGCCCCUCCCCCACCGCCGGGAGGGUCUCGGGGGGGGGGUUGGGGACCCCUCCCCCCUCUUUUGGGGUGGGGGGGGAGGGGCAGAGCCGGGUCCUCCCCGCGGCACGGGGCGGGUGGGGGUGGGGGAGAGGCGCAGCGCCGCGCGGAGUUUUGAUAAAACACGAAAUAAAACCAAAUAAAAAACGGGAA